AUGGAAAAUAAGCGAAUUGGAGAUAUCGACCGCCUACUUCAAAAGCUAAAGGAAGAAAAUAACCAAUACAGGAAUUCAAAAAAAUUGCAAGAAGAAAUAGAGGAAAAUAAGGAAAAUCCUGACUAUAGGCAAGAUGAAGAGGAAGAAGAGGAUUAUUUGCCUUCAAGAUACAAGCGAGAGCCAUCGUACCAUUCAGAAAGUGAGGAGGAAGAAGGAGAAGAGCAGGAUGAGGAUCAAGAGGAAAAUUCAGGAAGGGAAGAUAUAAGAGAAGCAGAAAGUGAAGAUGAAGAGCUAAGUGAGGAAGAAGAAGAAGACACAAGAGAAAAAAUUCGAAAGCGCCUUGAAGAAAUCAGAAAAAAGAAAAACCAAUUAGGCCCUCCAGUCAGAGUUGAAAAAGCUCAAGAAGCGCCACAAAGGCCACACACCGCUAAGCCUCAAAUAUAUCGCCCUCAAAGUGCAAAAUUCCCCAAAACGCCUUCAUUUUUCGCGACUCCAAUAACAACUAAAAAGAAAAAGAGCGAUCCUGUUGCAUUAUUUAAUCAGAGGCAGCGAGAAUGGAAGUCAAAUGCCUUUUUGCGUUCAAAUACCUUAAAUACUCGAGAAGGGAGAAAAUUAAAUUUAAACCCACCUCAAAAAGAUUUUGAGGUCGUCAAGGCUUCCCAUGACUACAGAAAGAACAAUUAUGUAGCUCCUCAUGAAAAAAGAAGAGAUGAUAUUAGAAAUAUUACAAAGGUACUUUUUAUUUAGAUGAAAAUGUUGAGUGCUCAUGAAUGUUAA